AUGCCUGUGGUCAAAGUGGAAAAAGACUCUCCAGCGGACACCACCUUGUCCACCUCCAACCCUCCUCCACAGACCGAGGAGCAGCCUAAGGGUCGCAGAAGAAAGAGACCGAUCCAGCGAGGGAAACCCCCUUACAGCUACAUCGCACUCAUCUCUAUGGCCAUUGCCAAUUCCCCUGAUCGCAAGCUAACAUUGGGUGGCAUCUACAAGUUCAUCACAGAGCGUUUCCCUUUCUACAGAGACAAUUCAAAGAAAUGGCAGAACUCCAUCCGCCACAACCUAACCCUCAAUGAUUGCUUCAUCAAGAUCCCUCGAGAGCCAGGCCGGCCUGGGAAGGGCAACUACUGGGCUUUGGACCCAAAUGCAGAGGACAUGUUUGAGAGCGGCAGCUUCCUUAGACGCAGGAAGAGGUUCAAGCGCUGUGACUUCAGCACUUACAACUCUUAUGUCCAUGAGACACCAGUUUUUUCUCCUGUCCAGAUUGCCAGAUCAGCCGCGUAUGCCAACACCGUCUACCCCAACAUGACGGUGAGUCCCACCUACGGGCAGCAGCUGCCAUCACCAUACUACCCCUCUUCUUCUCCGCCUGGUUUUGGCCCCCGGUCAGACCCACGCAUGUUCAGUAUCAACAACCUCAUAGGGCACCCAACUUCAGCCAGCAUGCUAGGAAGUCAAGGGUCAGAGGUGAUGCAGCAGACGAGCCGAAGCUUCAGUCCUGAGGGGCUUCCAAACGGAUCCAACCCCUGCAGCCUGGGAGCCUCUGCUUUUCAAAGCCAACCAUGUGGAGCUGUUACAUCCCGAUCCUCCACGCAUCCUGGGUUCACCUACUCCAAUCCCAAUGGCCACCCACACCACCAUCACCCCCACCAGGGCUCAUAUGGACAGAACCAUUCCCAGGGGUAUGUGGCAACAGGGCGCCUCCAUUCCUCUGUUCAUGGGUCUGCAGAGCCCGUGGAUCAUUAUGACAAGGUCUCCCCUGUGCAGCUGGGUUCGUUCCCCCAGUAUAACAGCGCUGCAGGUCCUAUCUCCAGCACCGGGGGCUACCUGAGACACCCCUCAUACCCCGGGAACAUGGACAAGUUUGUGUCUGCCAUCUGA